UGUUGCCCUUCCCCAUCCAUAUAUUCUUCUGAGCACAGUUUGCGCGAUCUCUCUUCCAUCGCUUGGUUUCUCAUUCUGAUUCCCAAAUUCAGUCUCUGUAAUCGAUUUACCAGUUUGCCCCUAUUCGACACCUAGCCUCACCACCAGCAGAUCCAUUAGGGUUUUAUUCCCACCACUUUUUGAAGUCUCUUUCUCCUGAUCCGAUUCGGCCAAUUCCUUAAACGCACUCAUUCACCAGCCUCUCAUUUUCGCAAACCCCAGACCCUCCUAAGAUCCCUUGCUUCGAUCCCACGAUCGCUCGACUUCAGGCCGUAAUCCGUACAGUAAUUUGAAUUGCGUUGACUUGAUUUUUGGUUUAUAGGCCGGGAACAGAGGUUGAUUGGCUGCUUGGACAUGUUGGGGACCGGGUUAAACUUCGGGCGGGCACGGGGAGAGGACCGGUUUUACGACUCGGCGAAGGCGCGUAGGGCCCACCAGAACCGGCAGAGCGAGCAGCUCCGGAGAGCCCAGAGCGACGUCACGGCAGCCCAGUCGCCGGCACCUUCGUCGGCGAACAGGGAGCCGGAGAACCGGGCCGGGACCGGCGAGGCUCCCAAGCCGAUCUCCGUGGCUCCGCCGCUGAGCAACCUCGAGCGGUUCUUGCAGGCGAUCUCGCCCUCCGUGCAGGCUCAGUAUCUCUCUAAGACGACAAUGAAGGGAUUUAGGACUUGUGAUGGAGAGUCUCAGCCGUACUUUGUGCUUGGUGAUCUAUGGGAGUCUUUCAAGGAGUGGAGCGCUUACGGUGCCGGAGUGCCUCUAAUAUUGAAUGACAGCGACUCUGUUGUUCAGUACUAUGUCCCGUAUUUGUCCGGUAUACAGAUAUAUGGCAAGUCCAAGAAGUCGUCGACAAGGUUGAGGCGACCAGGUGAGGAUAGUGACAGUGAGUUCCGAGAUUCAAGUAGUGAUGGUAGUAGUGAUUGCGAACUCGAAAGAGGAUUGAAGUAUGUCCAUGAGCAACGGGGUCAUCACAAUCCAUCAACUGAGAUUCCUCAUAGGAUGGAUAGUUUGUCUUUGAGGGAGUACCUUGCUGUAAUUAAUGAAGACUUUUCUAGUGAUGAGGGUGAAUCUGUGAAUUCUCAAGGUUGCCUGCGUUUCGAGUAUCUUGAGCGGGACCUGCCUUAUAGCCGCGAACCCUUAGCUGACAAGAUAGCAGAUCUUGCUUGCAGUUUUCCUGAGCUAAAAACACUCAGAAGUUGUGAUUUACUACCUUCUAGCUGGAUUUCUGUGGCAUGGUAUCCCAUCUACAGAAUACCCACAGGGCCUACAUUAAAAGAUCUGGAUGCUUGCUUUUUGACGUAUCAUUCUCUUUAUACACCUGUGGAAGGUGCUCGGACUCCACUGGUGACAAAUCCCGGCGAGAUGGAUGGUGUCCCUAAGAUGUCCUUGCGGGUUUUUGGUUUGGCUUCAUACAAAUUCAAAGGGCCCUUGUGGACACCUAAUGGGGGAUUUGAGCGCCAAUUGGCAAACUCCCUUUUGCAGGAAGCCGACAGCUGGUUAAGACUGCUUCAGGUCAAUCAUCCUGAUUUCGUGUUUUUCUCCCGUCGGUGAUACUAAGUUAUAACUGUUAUCCUCCCCUCGUUCUAGAAAGGAGUAAUAUAUUCUGCCAAACAUGCACGGCCCACCUGUGGGAAACCACUUUUUGUGAAGUUCAAGAUGGCAAGUUCAGUUAUCCUCUGGUUUGGUUGCCUGUAUUUACUAUAAAAAGGAACAAAAAAAAAAAAACGAUAUAUAGAAAAAAUCAUGACAACAGUGUGGUCGUGAAAUGGAAGAAGCACCUGUAAUAAGUCUUAAGCUAAUGGGAAAAAUACAGAGUUAGAGAAGUUGCAGAAGGGCUAGUUUAGAUCAAGGUAAGCAGUGAUUUUGUUUGCAAUUUGCUGUGUGUAAGCAAGUUCCAUCUUGCUUAUGUUAUUCCAGCCAAGUCUAAAUUAUGAGAUUCCAGGCUCUUUUUUUUUGUCCUGAUGAUUAGUACUAGGAUGUAAUUUUAUUUAUAAGGGGAUUUUGAAAUGUUUUGUAAGUGUCACGGUGAAGAUGCCCCAACGUGUAUUUUGGAUGCUAACCGUUUUGUUCUUCAAAUGCAUCAACUGAAGAUCUGUGUUGUAAGUGCUUUGAUAUCGACGAACUGAUGUUUGCCGAAUUGCUAUUUCUGAUUGUUGAAUUUGGGAAACAUGAGUUGCUAUUUCUGAAGUUUUUGAA